AUGGGCAACCCCGAACACGGCACGGAACAGUACGACCGCAAGCUCGAGAACAACCGCGCGUACAAGGCCAGAGUCAAAAAAGACAAGGCCAAAGCGGCGAAGCACAAGCUCAAGAUGCGAUUCCAGAGGCCGCUGUUGAAGAAGAUCGCGGACCUGGAAGAGCAGGUUGAUUGGUGCCAGGGCGAGGCGGCGGACAACUGGGAGCUCGCCGAGAAGCGUGCGUGGUCCAACGAGCAGCUUCGGGAGCGAGUGCGGAAACUGACGAGGGAGCUGGCCGAGAGCAACACGGCCGAGGGGAACGCACAGGCGAAGGGAGCUGCAGACGCGAAGGCCCCCAAGGCCUGGAAGUCCUGGUUCGAGGUUUUCUCGCGCGUGUGCGACCAGGAGCUGCCGCCGAAGGCGACGAAGCUUCUGAGGGACUGGGCGACUUGGAGGGUCACUCACUUGAGGGCCAUCCUUCGCUUUUCUCAGGACAACUGGGCAAAGCAGGAGCCCGCCGCGAGGCCGUUCCCCUUGCGCAAGAGGGGCAAGGGCAGGAUGGGCCAGCGCAGGAAGCAAGCGGAGAAGGUCGAGUACGUGCGCCACGGGAAGAAGACCGUGAAAUCCCGCAAGGAGCGCGAAAUUUGGUGCCGCAACUACGACAGCUUCCACGGGGCAACUGCGGACCAGAUGGUAGACCUGCUCCUCGAGGAUGGCGUCCUGCUUGACUGGGAAGGCCGCGCCUGCCCUCACUGCGGCGUCGGAACCUGCGGCGCGCGGGUGCGUGAUGACAAUCGCGGCCCGCAUUGGCGAUGCAACAGCGGUAGGCUGUGCGGCAAGACCGUCAACCCGUGCACCGCCCACCCCGUCUUCAAGUCUGGCGGGGGUUGCCAAUCGUCGAGUUUGUCGACGAAGGCCAAGGUCCUCUUCUGCCUCACGCUCGGCAUGACCACCGCCCACAUACACUUGCUGACAGGUGCCAACCACAAGAUGAUCGAGGACAUGAGCGCGGCCGUGGCAGCCGUGCGGCAGAUCUACGUGGAAAAGAACGAACCCAACAUUGUCUUCGACGACGAAGCUCAGCGGCGCUGGUUCGACGUGGAGGCGGAUGAGUCGGUCUUCCGCGCCCAGCUGUCCGACGACGGUCGUUCCAAGACGCGGGAACAGUGGGCGGGCGUCGUCGAGCGCGGGCGCCCUGAUAGCCUCGUUCUGUGGAAGGCCCAGUCAGACGGCACCGAGGCCAACGCGCCAGGCCCAGGCGCUAUCAAGAAGACGGAUUGGGCGCCGUUCCUAAAAAGCCGCUUAGAGAAAAGGAAGGUCAUCUUGCACUCUGACGGGGCCCGCAGCUACAAGAUGCGCGCGUCGGGGCUCGCGCGCGACCACGUCGUGCACUGCAAGAAGCGGAAGAAGAUCGGCAGGAAGUGGGUUUGGUUGAAGCCAGUUUACUCGAAGGUUGUCACCUACAUGUUGCCCGACGGCUCCAAGAUCAGGGUAAAGGCAGGGGCGCAGAUCAUCGACCGCGCCCGGAGGUCUAUCAAAACCCUCAUUGGCACGCGCGCGGACCUCCCAGGCAGCAGGCGUCUCGCGGCUUCGGUUCGCUCGGCCCAGUUCGAGUACUGGAACAAGGGCAAGGAUAUGUGGGCGGCCACCGCGGAUGCCAUCCGGGAGGUCAUGGACGCGGUGCAGUCGCUGGGGCAGGUUGCGUACGACGCCGAGGGAGACGGCAAGCUCACCUUUGAGGAGGCGUCGUUGGUGGUCAGCGGUAGCAAGUUAGACUACCACCCCUCGAAGUGCGUCAAGAAAGACACGUUGGCUUUCGCUGGUGACCUUUCUAUCUUCGGCCUUCCUCUGCUACCGAUCGCGAGUUCGAGUGCCACGAAGUUGGUCGCUUUCGCCGACAUGGUAUCCAACUACGAGGGCCCGAUUGACUUCGACAAGGUGCACGAGUUGUGCGCGCAGGGUAGGUUCAAGGACUUGCAGGAGCCGCUGUCGCUCAAGCAGGAGCCCGUCGUCCCGCACACGAUGCAGAUCUUCAUCGUUCGCCAGAAGCCAGAGGACAGCGAGUGUUCGGCAUACCGCAUCCUCAAGGUUGUUUCUUUCGAUAAAAUCAGAGUCGAUUCUGCGACCAUCCUCAAGUGUGCUCGCGGAGAGGCCCACAAAAUCGACUACGGCAAAAACUUUCGGGCGGGGUCGAUCGCGUUCCAGUUCGUGCCGGAGAAGCUCGAGGGCAAUCAAAUACGGUACUUCACGAUCAAGCCGCAGCACGAGCGGAAGCAGCCGCUAGAGGAGGACGAGCGCGCGCAGGGUUACACGUUCAUCCGUGAACACGGCCCCCGCAGCAAUAACAGAAACCAGUUCAUGGAAUGGGCUGACACAGAGGUCAACAGGGAGGGUUCGAAGAUAUUCGGAUGGCCUGCGUCCAAGGUGGAGACUGCGCUGCGCAAUUACCAGAAGGGCAGGGCGAAUGCCAAACCGAUCUCGCGCUGGAGUUUGACGCUGGAGGACUUCUCUGGCUGGUUCCUCAAUGGCGUCCUCCGCCUGAUGAUUGGCACGCUCCACAUGCACGGGGUGCCGCGGGUCGGGAAGUCCAGAGUUGGCAAGAGCAACGGUUCGGAGACGCUUGCUUGGGUUCAUUCGGCGUACAGCAUACAGAAGAAGGGCACCGCCGAUGAGAUCGCUUUCCUGACGGUGAAGCAUAUGGAUUUCUUCAAGGGCGAGCCGACGACGGAGAUCCUCCCUGGCAUUUUCGACGACGGCCUGCUUCAGAAGGUAUCCGCUGAUGUGCUCAAGGCUUUCUUGAACCCCAAGGAAGAGGGCGCUCUGCUGUGGGCUCGGUGGGGCGGCUGCGCUUUCGAGCAAGGGUCGCGCAGACAGGCCGUCGCGAACCCCUACGACCGCGACGCGGAGAAGGCGGCGCUGGAUGCCGCGACGCCAAACAAGUACGGCCUCGACCUGCUCAAGCGUAUCAUCGCGCCGUCUCUGGAGGAUGUCAGGACAGAGGAGGACUUCAACGCCAUCCUCGCCAGGGCGCACGUCAUCGUGGUGACGGACUUCGGCGUGCAUUGGCGCGUGGCAUCCGCCAACCUGCAGGAUGGUGCAGAGUUCAUGCCGUGGCCCAACCCCAGGAGCCCCGACCUCUUCGUCAGCGAAGUGCGGGACACGACGUCGCCAGCCAUCCGCCCGCCCCCCUCAGACUACGCCGAAAAGAUGGCUUGGUCGAUUGGGUACAUGAGCAAUGUGGUCGCGGGCCUUGACGUGCCCACUAUUGCGACUGUCCAUAUUGCUCCUAUCUUCGGCGAUGGCCCUGCGCGCGUUGUCUCCGCUGUCGGCAACGUUUCAGGGUUCGUUCCAGGCGCGGCCAGCGCUCCGCCAGCCGCCGCGGCCGCUUCGGCGUUUUCCCAGCCGCCAGCCGAGUUGUCCCAGGAGGAGGACGUGUUCGGCUUCGGCGGCGGAAUGGACGAACCGCCAGAAGACAGCUCGCGCGCCGCCAGCUCCGCGCAGCCCAACAUCGUUGGGCGUUGCGGCGAGCUCACCAAGGAGGACCAGGACGAGCAGCUCGCGAUUUUCAAGAGCCUCGCCAAGGCGCACCACGGCGCGUUCGAGGACUUGUCCUCGCCUCCGCCAGUGAAGAGGGCGAGGGGGCUCAUGAUGGGCUGCGGUGGUCCGUUGUCACCCGUGGAUGCCGAUGAGCAGAGGGCGAUCUUCGCUUCCAUUGCCGCCUCGGCCCACGGUGAAACGAUCGACGUCGAGGAUGACGACGGUCUGUCGGCAGAGCUCGCGCGCGUGAUUGACGAGGGGGAACCGCCCUCUGAGUCGGCGACGGCGCGCCGCAGCGAGGCUGACUGA